AUGAAAGUCUCCUCAUUCCCCCAACGGAUCUCCAACGUGGCUGUAGUCGCGUUGUUGCUGUCCAGCUCCGGUGCGGCAUAUGAGAACCCCCUCGCAACAACUGAUCAACGCAACUUGGAUGAUCUCGCUAUCCAGAUCUACCAGAACAAUACCUUUACCGUCCUCAAAGCCGAAGCCAAAGCCGCUUAUGAAACAGCACAUGGACUUCCCAUCAGCGACGAAGCCCUAUCAAGCCUCGAUGCCGCAAUCGACGAAUUAACCUUCAGCUCCAUUCAGAAGGCCGUCAACAAUGACCCAUACUACCCGAAGGUCUACUCGGUCAAUGCGGCACCACACAAUUGGUUCGGACUCGACGUCCCCGGUGGGCGAUACUCCUACGAUAACCCAGACUGCAUCUACCGCACCAUCCCCAUCGACUACAGCCUCAGCUACGUGGUUACGGGUUAUCGCUACACUCCAGGGCCAGCGGAUGUGACUUUCUCCCUCAUAAGCGAUCCCAACUCCCAGAAUACCAUCGCAAGCUUGUCAGACAGUGACUUGAUAAUCGACGCAGAUGGAUCGUACACCAUCACUAUCAAUAGCUCUGCAGCUACUGAUAACACUACGAACCACAUCCAAUCCACUCUUCUAGCCAAACAACUGUUUGUCCGCAAUAACUUGGGAGAUUGGCUGUCUCAGAAGCCAGACAAUCUUUCCGUAGAGCUGGUUGGUAGUACAUCCGAGACACCCAUCACUGACGCAAGUAUCCUUACUGCGGCAAAACUAGACUUGCAAGAGUCCAUUGUCGAUUAUGGUGUUGGUGCUCUAGGAAUCAAGACUUCAGUUUACACGGUCAACACUCUAUCAACCCCUAGCCAAUCAAGCACCCUGGGAACGUUGACCAGCCAAGCGAGCUCAUUUGGACAUUUCACCCUGAGUGACAAUGAGACUCUGGUCGCUACCCUUACGCCGGGGUCUUCGACCUACUGGGUCUUCCCUGUUACAGAUCCUUGGAUGGUCUCUGUCGACCCGGGAACGAGCCAAGUUAGCUUGAACAGCGAGCAGGCUGUGGCGAAUACAAAUGGGACCUAUACUUUUGUUGUUUCUGAAGAGGAUCCGGGCGUCUAUAAUUGGCUUAAUACAACUGGGCUGACUGAAGGUACAAUCAUGGUGCGCUGGCAGGGAUUGCCUACGUCUUCAUCGGAUUCAUCUGAUGACUCACCGAGCAUUACAACCCAGGUUGUUCAGCUUUCGGAGCUAUCCUCUGUUUUACCCAGUGACACAGUUUUUGUGACUUCUGAGGAGCGGGCGUCUCAGCUUGCUCAGCGUGCUGCAGGGUACGCUCAAAGAUUCGACUUUUAA